AUGUAACAGGACCAGAACCAAGGAAUGGAUCAUCAGGUGGCUGAUAAGGAAAUGACUGCUUAGGAAUAGUUAUUAGAGCAAUAGAAGAAAUUUAGAAACUUAGAAUCAGACAGAAAAGCAUAUGCAGAAGAAACUGUUGCGAACAUUAAAAAACAAAGAGGAAUUAUUGAUAAACUAAAGAACGAAAAUUACAUUCUGAAGGACUUGAUAGCCAAGAUGAACUCCUAAAAAUUAUAACUGAAUCAGACUACAUAUUCUAAAGGACCUAAUAUUGACACAAUAAUUGAUGAUUUGAAAGUCGCUAUUAAUGAAGAGAAGAAAGUGUAAGAAGAAAUUGAUACACAUGUGGCUGAUUUUCAGAAGAAGAUUAUAGAAAAAAGACAUGCGUUGGGUGGGUACAAUGCAGGAGCUGAAAAUGAAAGUGCUUUGCAAAAACAAAUUAAAAUUUUGGAAAAUAGAUUAGACAAAACAAAUCAAAAAUUUAAUGAAGCCAUUGCCAUCAAUAAAUAAUUAAGAUAAUAAAUCGAUAGUCUACGCAGAGAAAGAGUUAUUUUUGAUAAUCUUUACAAAAAAUUGGAGAAGGAAUUGCAUGAAAAAAGAAAAGUAUAUCAAAUACAUUAUUAUAGGAAAUGGCUGAUAUUAUUGAAACUGCUAAUACUGCUUAUGAGGAGAGAGACAAGGCAAAUGAUUUAAUUUAAAGUUUAAAAUAAUAGGCAAAGAGAGAAUCUGCUGAUUUUGAAAAAGAUCUCAGAGAAUUGAGUUAGAUCAUGGAAAAAAAUAAGAAAACACUCGAUUAUAUGAAAUUAACAGAGAAGAACAGAGAAAUGGAUGCAUAGGAAGUAGUCGAUCCUGAUAAAUUCACUAAACCUAAAACCAACAAAUUAACUAGAGAUAAGACAGUCAAUUAAACUAUUGUUGAAUAAAUUAUGAAAUAUGAGGAAGACUUUGCUAAGAUCUAGGCAGCCACAUAAAUUAAAGUAUUUGAUGAACUCAUCAAAAUCUUUAUAUAGAAUGAAGAAAAAGUAAAUAUAUAUUUGACAUCCAUCAUAGAAUUUCCAGAUGUUUAAAUAUGUUAAUGAGUUAAGCAAUGAAAUUGAAGAUCUAGAAAAACAAAUAGGAGAACUGAAGGAUGAGGCCUGCUUAUAUGAAGGUCAAGGUUCUAAUGUGGAUGUUUAAAGAAAAAGACAUCUCAAAGAUUUAGAGGAGAAAUUAUCAAGAUCAGAAUAGAAAUCUGAAUCAUACGAAUUCAAAUAUAAUGAAUCUAUAAAACUCAUUAAUAGUCUAACAGUAAAUCAUGCUUUAAUAUUUCUUAGAAUUGGAUUGAAACACUAUUCAAUACAGUCGAAUGCGAUAAAUAAAUGGCAACAGAAAUAGCUGGAUCUCAUGGGGUUACUGAUACCAACAUGAUGAUUUAUUUAGGGUUGAUAGAGAAUAAAACGAAUAAAUUAUUGCAAUACUAUUAAUAAAUUCAUUAGAAAAUAUCAGAAAAUCAAAUCAAUUCAUUGCAACAGCUAGCUUAACUGAAUGAGAAGAACCUUUAAAAUAAGAAUAGGGCUGAAUUGCCACAAUUUGGUAAUGGAAUUAUGUGAUUUUAGAUGAACAUGAGGAUGAUGACAUAGAGGGUGAUAAGAUAUUGUCGGUUGAGGAAUUCAAGAAGAAAGCUCUCGAAAAACUUGAAGUAUUUAUUUGGCUUUUAUUUAGAAAUAAUAAAAUUAAACUAAAAAUAAAAGGGCUGGACCUAAUAAAUUAAGAAAAAAUAAAUGA